CCUCCUCCUCCCUUCUCCCUGUCCCUCCUCCCUCCUCCUCCUCCUGCUGCUGCUCCUGCACCAGGAAGCUGCCUAGAUCCAGCCCUGGGAGCGGCCUGACCCGGUGCAGCUCCGGAUUGAGGAUGAAAGGCCCCGGGGCGGGGCUGGCAUCUGCCAGGGCUGUGUCCUAGGAGAGCCCCCGAAUAGCCCCCCGGAUGGCGACCCCGGCACCGGCCUCGGUCUCAGACACCCGGGCCCUGGUGGCGGACUUUGUGGGCUACAAGCUGCGGCAGAAGGGCUUCGCCUGCGGGGCCGGGCCCGGGGAGGGCCCCCCGGCCCAGCCCCUGCACCGGGCCAUGCGGGCCGCCGGGGACGAGUUCGAGUCGCGCUUCCGGCGGGCCUUCUCGGACUUGGCGUCCCAGCUCCACGUGACGCCCGGCUCGGCCCAGCAGCGCUUCACCCAGGUGUCGGACGAGCUCUUCCAGGGGGGGCCCAACUGGGGCCGGCUGGUGGCCUUCUUCGUGUUCGGGGCCGCGCUCUGCGCCGAGAGCGUCAACAAGGAGAUGGAGCCCCUGGUGGGGCAGGUGCAGGACUGGAUGGUGGCCUAUCUGGACACCCAGCUGGCCGACUGGAUCCGCAGCAGUGGGGGCUGGGUAAGGGCCGUAACUGAGGCACAGAGAAGUGAUCAGGUGAUCUGGGCACGGCUGUUUCUAAACUCCCACUCCUCCUCCUCUGAUCCCCUGCAGGAGCUGGAGGCGAUCAAGGCCCGAGUGCGGGAGAUGGAAGAGGAGGCCGAGAAGCUGAAGGAGCUGCAGAAUGAAGUGGAGAAACAGAUGAACAUGAGUCCGCCCCCGGGCAACGCUGGCCCGGUAAUCAUGUCGAUUGAGGAGAAGAUGGAAGCAGAUGCGCGAUCCAUCUAUGUGGGCAAUGUGGACUAUGGCGCGACAGCGGAGGAGCUGGAAGCCCAUUUUCACGGCUGCGGCUCGGUCAACCGCGUCACCAUCCUCUGCGACAAGUUCAGCGGACAUCCCAAGGGGUUCGCGUACAUUGAAUUUUCAGACAAAGAAUCGGUGAGGACGUCCAUGGCCUUAGACGAGUCUCUCUUCAGAGGACGACAGAUCAAGGUGAUACCGAAACGGACCAACCGGCCGGGGAUCAGCACUACAGACCGGGGGUUCCCCCGCGCCCGCUUCCGGGCCCGAGCCGCCAACUACAGCAGCUCCCGUGCCCGCUUCUACAGCGGCUUCAACAGCAGGCCCCGGGGUCGCGUCUACAGGGGCCGGGCUAGAGCGACGUCAUGGUAUUCCCCUUACUAAAAAAAAGUGUGUAUUAGGAGGAGAGGAAAAAAAAAAAGAAAGAAGGAAAAAAAAAAGAAUUUAAAAAAAAGAGGAAAAAAAGAAGAUGACCUUGAUGGAAAAAAAAAAAUAUUUAAAAAAAAAAAGAAAAAGAGAGCGAUACUGUGGAAGGGGGGAAAUUCCCAUAACUAACUCUGCUGAGGAGGGACCUGCUACUGGCGGGGAGUGGGGGGUGCCCGGGGAGUGGGGCAGGGGCGGCUCCCUCUCCGGGGCUUCACCAAGGACGCGUCUCGACUGCAAGCCGCUUCCCGCCCCCUCCGCCUUCCUCCCCCUCUUUUCCUCCCCCGUCCCCGACCCAGCGGGGGCUGCUCAGGGUGGGUGAGGGCAGAGGCCAGGGGGAGGAGGGGGCAGUGCCCCGGGGCUCUGGAAGGACACCAAAUUGUUCUGCUUGUUACCCUCCCUCCCCAUCUCUUCCUUCUCCCCUCCUCCCCCUUCCCCUCCUUCCUCCUCCUCCUCCUCCUCCUGCCUGCCUGCCUCCCACCCCGCCAAGCCCCCCUCUCGUCUGUUCCACCCGCGGCUCCCCGCCCCACGCCCAAAGAUUCCUUGGUGAUCGAUUUUGUUUCCGUUUUGUGUUUCUGUUUCUGUUUCGAGUGUCUUUCUUUGCAGGUUUCUGUAGCCGGAAGGUCCUCGUUCCGCUCCCAGCGGCUCCAGUGUAAACUCCCCCCCCCCCCUCUGGGGGAGUGCACCGCCUUGUUCGGGGGGUUUGGGUUAUUAUUAUUAUUAUUUUUCCCCCCCCUCUCUUUCUUUUAACAUUUCUUUUCCUUUU